GGAUCAUUUGCGACUUCAACUUUUCGCAUCCUCACAACUCUCAAUUACCAACCACAGACACAUUCAGCUGGCUUUAAACAUCCUAACUUCAAGAAUAAGAAGACAUGGGAGCCAGCAAGGAAAAGAAGGCGGAAUACUUCCCCAAGCUCAAGGCCCUGCUUGAGGAGUACAAGUCCGUCUUCAUCGUCACCGUCGACAAUGUCAGCUCGCAGCAGAUGCACGAGGUCCGACAGUCCCUCCGCAGUGAGGCUGUUGUUCUGAUGGGCAAGAACACCAUGGUGCGCCGAGCUCUCAAGACCUUCAUUGCCGAUACCCCCGAGUACGAGAAGAUUCUGCCCCACGUCAAGGGCAACGUCGGCUUCGUCUUUACCAAUGGCGAUCUCAAGUCCAUCCGUGACAAGAUCCUCUCUAACAAGGUUGCCGCCCCUGCCCGUGCCGGUGCCGUCGCUCCCGCCGAUGUCUGGGUUCCCGCUGGCAACACCGGCAUGGAACCCGGCAAGACCUCUUUCUUCCAGGCCCUCGGUGUCCCCACCAAGAUCGCCCGUGGUACCAUUGAAAUCACCACCGAUCUCAAGCUCGUCGAAUCCGGCAACAAGGUCGGUCCCUCUGAGGCCACUUUGUUGAACAUGCUUAACAUCUCCCCCUUCACUUACGGUCUGGGAGUCGCCCAGGUCUACGACGAGGGCAACGCUUUCUCCCCUGAUGUCCUCGACAUCAGCGAGGACCAGCUCCUUAAGACCUUCACUAGCGCCAUUACCACCAUUGCCUGUGUGUCUCUGGCUAUCAACUUCCCUACCCUUCCUUCUGUCAUUCACUCUGUUAUCAAUGGCUACAAGAAGGUUCUCGCUGUCGCCAUCGAGACCUCAUACAGCUGGCCUGAGAUUGAAGAACUCAAGGACCGUAUAGCCAACCCUGAUGCAUACGCCUCCGCUGCUCCUGCUGCCGCCGCCGCCGAGACCAAGACUGAGGCUGCUGCUGAGGCUAAGGAGGAGGAAGAGGCUGAAGAGUCUGGUGAUGAGGGCUUCGGUGGUCUCUUCGACUAAAUUAUCUUGCAUAAACAUGGUGUUAAGGGGCUGGCAUGAAAACGGGCUUCGAGUAGGUUCACGAGAUCUGAAUGUACGAAAAAGAACGGUACAUAGGUCUUUUACUGGUCAAUCGAGGCACUUUACGUGUGACGAACACAAUCUAUUUACUAGCAAUGUUCGUUGUGAAUGUGACAUGCUGCUUGUUAAUCAUGCGCCCAGUCACUUGUUUAAGAGGUUAGUACAGUAUCUU